AUGAGUUCUCAGUCUUUUCUUCCAUUGAGCGGUGGCAAAAUGCAUGUCCAACCCUUAGGACGUCGCCGUCCAAGGGUCCACCUGAGCAAGGAAGCGCGAGCUAUACUUACUGCCUCGCAUCAUGAAAAAUCGCACUGUUUCAAGACUGCCAUCCACAAUGUUUGGGCCGACAUCAACAAAUCUGUCAAGGCGAUCGCGGCCUCUAACCACAAGAGUAUCUGUCAGGUACAACACGAACUGUACAUGGGCCAAAGCCUUUUGCGGAACAAGCGCUUGAAAUUGAGUGCUUGGAAUGCCUUUUGCUGGAAAAAGAAUCAGAGUGUUGACAAGGAAAAUGGGCCCUCCGGCAAGGCAUUACUACCAGAGCUUAUCAACGAGCAUCGUGUGGAGUACCACACUCUCUCCAAGGAUGAAAAAGACUCCAUUCUCAAGGAGUACAAGAAACACAGGGCUACAAAGACCAAUGGAGUUCGUAUCUCCACGAAGUCAAAGGUCAACGACGUUACUCAAACCCUCAAGACCAUUGAAAAUGAGUUAAAUAGCUUAAGGUGCCAGACGGGCACAGAGACGAUACUGUAUAUGACGCGUGGCUCGACUGAUCUCCCCCUUCAUGGAAUUGCCUUUGCGACAGAGGGUGUUGAUAAUUUCAUGGAGUCUGUGAUGGAUGUUGAUAACCAAGAGUUCGUCACCAAGAUGGAAGGCUUCGCACUUCAUGGUAUACGCGGUGCUGCUAAAAACCAUCAACAACGCUGUUGUAAUCUUCGCGGUGAGAUCCGUCAAUUGAUCAACAAUAAACUUCAGCAAAUUACGAAGAACCCGAAGGCAACAAUGCAGUGGGUACAUUAUUGGCGCAAUGUUGUUUCACGCUAUCAGGUCAUAGUUGAGGGGUGGCCUGACGAGAUCCCAUUCGACAACCUUAGCAAAGCGGCCAGUGGAAUCACCGCUCUGGAGAACCUUAAAGAGAGAUGGAGGUCUGGAGAAACUGCUUGCAAGCUCAGCAGUGAUGAGGUUGUCGAACACCGCUGCCGGCCUCGCUCGGAUAAGGGUAAGAAGCGGUGCCACGCUCUUUCUCCCAAUGAGAAUAAGGCAUACACAAGCCCUGCUACUGUUGAGGACAAGGAUGACAUAGAUAGUACUACUGUAUCCUCUCACAACAACUCGACACUCAACAGUGUACCUCUCAACGACAUACCUGUCUCACAGGCUGGACAACCUGAUCCGUUUCACCCUUUGGCGUCAACUAGCGCCAAUGGGCCAAAUUUGCCUUCAUCCCCCAAUAGUACAGGUUUUAAUCUCCCGCUGGUACUUACGCCUAAGUGUUUAAUGCCGGUGUUGGGAUUUGAUGCAAUUCACUAUUGUAAGCCUAGGCGAGGCACAUGA